CCUUAUCCAUUUUUUGACUGUCCAUCUGUCUUGAUAUCUGCACUUCCCAGCAUAGCUGAGGCUGGGGAGACUACAGGUUCUAAACUUAAAAACUUUUGACGUCAGAACUCACAUCCUGACACUGCAGGCUUGUGAGCACACUAUCGCUCUAUUGCUGAGUUUUAAUGCUUUGUUAACUGAACCCUCUUGCUGUAGACAGAGAACAUCUGGAAGUUAUGGAUCACCACAAGGUGUGUUGUUUCCAAAACAAGAGUCAAAUGCUUUCUUAAGAACUGAAUGCCCCUCCUACUGCAUUGGAAGCAUUCAGCAUAUCAAGUUGUAAGUUUACAUUGAAUUAUAGCAUUCAAUUAAGUGGCUUUUCUGGGGUGAGGCAUGUACUGUGCUGCAUUAUUCAGACGAGCAUACUGAAUUGUUUGUUAUCAAAAAGGGUUAUUAAUUCAGCUCUGUUUUUGCUUAAUGGACCAAAGCUAAUUCAUAUAAAUUUAUUGUUAAAUAUUUGCCAGAUAACUUUAAGCUGUUGGUUCUUUAUAAGCUUUGUUUUUCAGUUUUCUUAACUAGUCUCGUGUGGUUGAUCACUCAGUAACUCGUAUGGUAAUGCUUAUAGUAGAUGAUUGAAUUAGACUUUAUUAAAAGCAUAAUGAAUUGUAAGCAAUGAACUUCCAUAGUCAAAAUUUAGAGUUAGAAAUAUUUGUGCUGAAAUACUCAACUUUUGGCCUCUUGGACUGUAAUGCACAAAUUCUGCCAUCAUCAACAACAUGCUGAAAUGGAACCUAAUUAGCACUUUCUUUACAUCUUAGGAACUGAUGUAUUAAGUGAAUGCACAGAAAAUGGAAAGCCAAACAGAGGCUAUCAAGAUGGAUAUUGGCCCCUCUCUGUCAUUUCCAAUGGAAAGAAAAGUUCACAUCCAGUUAAGCAGGAGACAGAUCAUCAAAGCCAAACUGAGGAAGAGCUGUUCCUGCACCACUGAGAGACUGAAGAACAUAGUCGUGGACUUCUUUCCUGUGUUACGAUGGCUUCCCAAAUACCACUGCAGAGAAUACAUAUGGGGGGAUGUUAUGUCCGGGGUGGUGAUUGGAAUCAUUUUGGUACCCCAAGCCAUAGCGUAUUCUCUGCUUGCCGGUCUGAAGCCUAUUUAUAGCCUUUACACAUCAUUUUUUGCCAACAUCAUCUAUUUCCUGAUGGGCACCUCUCGACAUGUGUCUGUUGGCAUUUUCAGCCUAUUAAGUUUAAUGGUAGGGCAAGUUGUGGACAGAGAGCUACUCUUGGCAGGGUUUGACCUGAACGAUGAUGACGAUGCCAUCAACAAUAGCUACGAAUGGAACGGCAACAAUUCUAAUGUAACCGCCUUCAAUCUUACUCUUGGGGGAUUGAGCACUGAGUGUGGGAAAGAGUGCUAUGCUAUUGGAAUUGCUACAGCCUUGACUUUUCUGGCUGGAGUUUUUCAGGUUCUGAUGGGAGUCUUUCGUCUAGGGUUUGUCUCUAUGUAUCUUUCAGAGUCUGUGCUGGAUGGAUUUGCAGCUGGUGCUUCUUUAACCAUUUUAACAGCCCAAGUUAAGUACCUUAUUGGAAUAAAAAUCCCACGCAGCCAAGGGCAUGGGAUCUUCUUAAUGACCUGGAUUAAUAUUUUUCAAAACAUUUCGCAGGCUAACCUGUGUGAUGUAAUCACGAGCGUGGUUUGCAUUGCUGUGCUAGUUGCUGUGAAAGAACUGGGAGAUCGGUACAAGCAUAAGCUGAAAAUCCCACUGCCCACAGAGCUGGUGGUUAUUGUUGUGGCAACACUGGUUUCCCACUAUGGGAAACUGAAUGAAGUUUAUGCAUCCAGUGUUUCGGGGGCAAUUCCAACUGGAUUUAUUCCCCCUCAGAUGCCAAAUUUUAACCUGAUGCAUCGCGUGGUGCUAGAUGCUGUUCCUCUUGCCAUAGUUGGCUUUGCAUUUACAAUCUCCCUCUCAGAAAUGUUUGCAAAGAAAUAUGCCUACAGGGUCAGAGCCAAUCAGGAAAUGUUUGCCAUAGGAUUCUGUAACAUUAUCCCAUCCUUUUUCCAUUGUUUUGCAACCAGUGCAGCUCUUGCAAAAACGCUUGUGAAAUCUUCUACGGGCUGCCAGACGCAGGUCUCUAGUGUUAUCAGCGCAGUGGUAGUGUUGCUGGUGCUGCUCUUCCUCGCCCCGCUGUUUUAUUCUUUGCAAAAAUGCGUUUUGGCUUGCAUCAUCAUCGUCAGUCUCCGAGGAGCCCUUCGGAAGUUUAGAGACGUGCCCCAGAGAUAUCACAUGAACAAGGUGGACACUCUGGUCUGGUGUGUUACUGUGUUCUCAUCUGCCCUGAUCAGCACAGAAAUGGGGCUUUUGAUUGGAGUCCUCUUUUCCAUCCUGUGCAUCGUUGUUCGUACGCAGCGACCCCGUACAGCCCUGCUUGGUCAGAUCCAAAGCACUGCCUUCUAUGAAGACGACUGGGAAUAUGAAAGUCUCUGUCCUGUUCCAAAUGCCAAAAUAUUCCGUUUUGAGGCACCACUUUAUUAUGCAAAUAAAGACUUUUUUCUGAAGUCUCUCUACAGAAUGACUGGGUUAGAUCCUACUCUGGAAGCUGCUAAAAGGAAAAAGAAUGAGAAGAAGCAAAAAGAGCAUUUGAAAGAGGGAAAUAGAGGCACAACUGUUAAGGGAUUGGAUCAGGCAGAUACAGCCUUAUACCUGGUUCCUAAACAAGUAGAUUUCCAGACCAUCAUCAUAGACUGUUCCUCAGUCACUUUUCUGGACACAGCUGGUAUAAUCACAUUAAAGGAAAUACUGAAAGAUUACAACGAGCUAAAAAUUACUGUUCUUCUGGCUUGCUGCAACCCCUCAGUGAUUGACUCUCUGAAAAGAGGGGACUACUUUGGAAAGGAUUGCAAAAAGAUGCACGAAUUGCUGUUCUAUAGCAUUCACGAUGCUGUGCAGUUUGCCAGAGACAGAAAGCUUGCGGCAGAUGGCUCUGCUGUUUAAUUUCAAAGGCCCAUGUAUUUCCCUCUGCACAAAGGGGAGUAGGGUGCAGUCACUUAGAUGUAGGCACACACCUCACUUGCUGCACAGGAGCCAUCUGCCUACAGGACAUGCACCCAUGAGAAGGUGUGCAGUGCUGGACCCCCACAUCACGUCUGCAAACAGGGGUGUGGCCAAGGACCUGAUGAGAAGGAUAAGGAAUGUACCCAGUUACCAUCUAAACUGCCACUUCAAAAUGCAGAUGUUGGACUGUAAAAUAGGUUGUGAGUUACUUCUCCACUGUAUUGUAGUAACUUACACGCAUCAAACUUAUGCACCACUGGUCUGGUGUAUUUGCAAGUCUGUCUAGUGCCUAAGCAGAAAAGGCUAGCUGCCUCCCUGGAAUGUGCUGGUUUAUGGGUACAGGAUAGCUGUCUCCAAGAACCACUUGUGGUCGGAUUCCUUGGCCACACCACAGUGCUAUCUUUUAAACUCUAGCCUGUUAGGCCUUUUCCCUUAUCAUAUCACUACUACAGGCAUGCUCUUGUUUCAAUGGGCUUUUAGGCAACCCUGCUGUUUGCUACACACUUGUUAUGAGCAUCAGCUGGGAUGAUGUAGCACCUCCUUCUCACAUGCCCAUGAGCCAUAACAAACGUGUUGCCCUCAGUUUCAUUAUUCCUUAGCAAAACCUCCCUCAAAGCCACCACGAAAUCAUCCAUAUUAAAAAAAGUCUAGUAUUUCUUCCCUUAAAGAUGCAGGAAGAAAUGUGACCAUUAAACUCACAUUUGCUGUAGCUAGUGAAAAUACUUGAAGUGAUUUAAGAAAAGGGAAGUGCUUUCAUUAGAAAUCUUAUAGCUACACUAGUUUAACUGUGAGGUAAAUCUGACUUUCUGGAACUUAGCUAUCUCAAGCUUAAACCCUAAAAUUCAGGCCAAGCACAUCAUGUUUGUAAUAAGAAAAGGAGUACUUGUGGCACCUUAGAGACUAACAAAUUUAUUUGCGCAUAAGCUUUCGUGAGCUACAGCUCACUUCAUCGGAUGCAUUUUCUUUUUUUCUUUUUUGUGAAUACAGACUAACACGCUGCUACUUUGGGUGUGAUCAGUUUCUCUCACCCUCUGGAAGAAAAACCCGUGGGGGCUCCUUUACAAACACAUUUUUAAUGAGGAUUAGUGGUUAAGUACUGAAAUUCCCCUGCUCGCCUCAUUUAUUCAAAAAGAUAUGUGAUAUCUUGGUGCCAUUAUCACAACACAUGAUGUCAACAGCACAGUAACAAAAUAAUUCUGGAAAAGCCAGGCCUGUCUGACGUCCCUGUUAAGAGAUGAGAACUGACCAACCAUUUUUAGAACUAGUGUUUUUCUGCAAUAAAGUCAAUUUAACAUGCAACGACAUCAUCCAUUAAAGAGCUGGUAUACCAUGACCACAGCUUGCCAUCUUCUCAGUGUUACCUUGUGUUCUCCUGAAAUGUUUGUUGUAGCCACUUACUAUGUAUGCUUUGCUGGUCAGGCACCAUCUUUGUCAUAUGUCUAUACAGGGCCUAGCACAAAGUGACUGGGACCAAUACACUUCGCUGUAUGAUACAGCAGGCUACAAUUGGGACUUAACAGCAAUCCCUGGGGAAGAAAAGAGCAAGCUGUUUAACAAGCUAGUCUUAUUCACUCUGUUGGUUUGAGCCCCAGAGAUAGAACCUUGAGAAGAAAUAUAGCUAAGCUUUCCCCUAAUGUUAUGAGACUAAUCUGGUUUCGGAAAGAAGACAGGAGGGGGGGAACAAAAUUAAGACUUAUCCUUACCUGAAAAAAAAGUUAGAGUUCUAGCCCAUGCACACCACACCUCCCAAAAAAGGGAGAAGGGAAGAGAAGCUGGUCAGUCUAUCUUUUUUUAACAAAGCAUGCUGGGAAGGGGUGCAGUCUGGAGGUUCUUUACAAAGUAGGCUCUUCAGGUUGUUUAGUAUUUAUCAGAGCAGCAUCCCAGUAGAAGAAGGAGAGCUACAUGAAGAUACUUGUGGGGGGGGACAGGUUUGUUUUGUCUCUCUGAUAAAAGUUGUUUUAACAACCAGAAAAGACUUCAGGAACCAUUUGCAUUUUGAAUGUUAGUUCUGGGAACCAGCUUAUAUGUAAGUUACUGUGUUUGGGGCUAUAAAUCACUUUCUAUGAUUAAAAACCGCUUUAUUUUGUUCACUUACUGUCAGGGGUCAGGGCAGGGUAUACUGACUCAGUAUGCAGCUGGUGAUGGGCUUUUAAUUCCUCUGUGGUUUUAUACUAUUCUCAAUGACUUGGGGUUUAGGAAUACUAGAAUAAGAUACCUAACAAGGCUCUCUCUUUUCUUGUGUAGCUGGCAUAAAAUUUUUGUCAAGCAUGGUGUCUUUGGCAUGGACUAUAUACUUAACAAACUUCAGGUACUGAUAAGUAGCAUGGGAGGAGUUCCCAACCUCAAGGGGGAAAGAAAACAACCUUAGUUCAGCCUGGAAACAAAAAAGCUGCCCUUACAUACAGUGUGGGGGAAGAAAAGGAAUGGUUACAGCUGCAGGUUGGAAGCUGAGGAUGUUUUCAAACAGCCCCUGAUUAGUGGUGUCUCACAAUGGACAGUUUUUCCCACCAAGAGAAACUAUUUGGCUCUACAUCACCGCUUAGUCAUAACUGGGAUUUAAAGGCACAGUCUAGCCAUAAGGGUUCACAGCUGAAUACAGUAAUUCCCCUGCGUCUUCUUCUCAUGCACUCCCAGGACUCUCACAUCACAGAGGCAUUUCCAUUACUUCUAGGGAAGAGCAACCCUACCAAGUGCAUAUACAGGAAUAUACAACUUACCUAAAAUACAUAGGCUGAGAUAUUUAACGAGGUGAAGGUUAGAGUCUGAAUACUGUCAGAGGUAUUAACAUGUUUUUUUGGACAAUGUGAAUGAGUCAAAGCAAAUCUGAGCUCCUAGAGAAGGAAACAUGAUUUUGUUUCUCUAACACAUUUCAUUGUUAAUUGUUGAGAGUCAGAAACAUUCACUCACCCCACGGUAAUUAGUUCCAGUAACCAGUGAAUUCGAACUUGUUCAAUGCCGCCAUGUGGUACCGAAGACACAUAUGCAAGGUUCAGCUCUUGGUCUUUACUGAGGUCAAAUAAAUCCGCUCUGCUGUGAGGUAGAGGAGGACUGGAGGUGGGAAAAACAAUAGGUCACAGAACAGAUCAGUGCAAGAGCCAGGAAUAUAAUCCAGGCCUCUUGAGUUCCAAUUCAGGGUCCUGUCCAUGGGGAUACACUGCUUUUGCUGGAGUAGUAAGUGCAGCUCAGCAAAGUGGAGUGAGGAAAUUGAAACAUGACUUGGGGUUUUUAUCUUCUUGUUAGCUUAUAAGUUAGCAUCAGAGUACAGGACCAUGAAUCAUUCCAUGGGUAGCAGGGCAGGAAGAUUUUGCCUCAGAUUACUUAAACUCAAACACGCAUAAGGAAAAUAGGCAACAAGAUAAUUCCCUGGGAGUAAUUAACAUGGUUCUAAGCAUAGUGUCAGCCUGCCUGGCUCCCAAGUCUGGGAUCCACAAACCCUUUCAGGAGGGCCACGGAGCCCCACCGCUGAAACUCUGAGCUCCAGAUGCUGGCCCCACACCCACUGCAAGGCUGAAGCCAGGAGCGGCGCUGGGCUGAAACCCCGAGCUCCCCUCCCUCUACCCAUCCCGAAGUCGGAGCGGCAGGGAGCGGAAAUCCCGAGCUUCCCCCCACCUCCACGAUGAAGCCGUGAACAGCAGGGCUGAAGCCCAGACACAGGCAGAAGCCCUGAGCCCAUGGGCAGAGUUGAGGGGGCAUGAGAGUCUUGCCCCUGCAAACUGCAGUGCCUUACCCAAAGUGGGGCAGUCCUGGGGGUAGCUCUACCCCCCCACACCUCCUCCUCUCUCAGCCCCCCUCAGGUCCCACCCUCUGGCCAGAUCCUAGGCGGGAAGCCAGGGCCAGCCAGUGUGGGCAGCUGCUCCUCUGGCUGUGGUACCACGGAGUCGGCAGUCCUGGCAUUCCCCCGUCUGCUUCUGGUGCCCGGGGUUGUGGCUUCUCCUCAGCUCCCAGCCCCGUUUGACUGCUCACACAGCCGGUCAGAGCUGCCCAGAUGGGGACCUGGCUCCUGGGCUGGCAGAGCCCUCGGGGAGCAGCCACUGGCACACAGCGACAGGGGGUGGCCCACUGAGAUGUGUCAGGAGGUGGAGGUGGUGCUUCCUCCCUAAACCCUGCUGUGCGGAGCUGGCCCAAGCCCUGCCGGUCCUUGCCCUCCCCCCCAAAAUAGAAGUUAAACUAUGUCUAUACUCAAGGGUCUCACCCCUGGCCUGGAGCCCUGAGUCCUGCCUCCCCCUCUGGGCCCUGGAGUUUUUGUAUCAUGUUAAGGAGGGCCUCAGAAAGAAAAAGGUUGAGAAUUCCUGCUUUAGCUCAAGCAACGCUUCACAUUACUAAACCCCUUUAUUUAGCAAAGACCUACAAUGGAUUUAGCAUGGGUUAUCCUAUCUCAGCAGCAGCUUUUGUCCUCUGUGGCUUGUUGUCCUGGUAUCUGUCUAGUUUCUACAUAUAUCAAGUCUAUAGAACUUCAGAAUUUGGUAUUUCUAAGGUUUCAUCAAUGUUCUCUAGCAAGUACCAAAUCUGGUCUCUGUCAAAUCAUCUGAUAUUCCCAUGACAUGGAAAGAGGAAACUACAUUCAACAACUAAAGCCUGCUUCUGAUUCAGAUUUCCAGUUGAGUCCUUUUGGGGUUCCUGUCUGACUAGAUGUGAACUGUGGCCUGAUGUAACAGAAUUGUUGUUUGUACCUUUUCUGCUUUCCUUUUAAUCUGUUUUCCUUUCCUUUUGGAGAAACUGUAAAUGGAGCUUUGUAAAUUAUAACCAAGAUGUUUUCAGCUAAUAUUAAUAAUAACCUCAAUCAUUUAAGAAAGAGUUUAAGAAAGCUGGCUUUAACUUUCCUUUCCUGUAUACUUAGAAAUAUGAAAUAAAAGUUUUUUAUAGCA